AUGCACUCCACCUCACCGAGCAGCACGGCCUCCCCCGCCGAGGAGACGCCGAUGCUGUCCAAUGGCGAGCGGAAGGCGUUUCGUGGCGUCACCGAUUACAAAAAGGCGCUUAACAACGAGGAGGGCAUCUCUACAAAAAUGACGUACAUCAACUUUAUUCGCGGCAUGGUGGGCCCUGGGUGCUUCUCAAUACCGCUAUCCCUAAAAUUUGCCGGGCUAGGGACAGGACUUACCCUCCUCUUCGCGAUCGGCUUCAUCGCGACGCUGAACAUGAGCAAGCUCGUCAAGUCGUCCCAAUAUUUGACCGUACUCUCGGGUGGGAAAGCGUUGAACUACGGGAAUAUGGUGGAAAAGGCGUUCGAGCAGGGCCCGAGGAGUGUUAGACGAUGGGCUCCAAAAGCCAAGUUUUUCGUGAAUAGCUGUCUGUGCCUCCUCCAGCUGGGUGUAUGUGGCGUCUGCUAUAUUUUUAUGACAUCCCACCUAAAGGAGGUGUGCGACGGGCUGUUUGACAACGCCCCAUCACAGACUUAUCUGCUAAUCUUCAUGUGCCUUCCAUUCUGCUUGCUCGUCACGAUCCGCUCCUUCAAAUACCUCUCCUACGUGUCGCUGGCCGGCAACGUGUUGAUGAUCACCGCACUGGUGAUCAUAUUCCAGGUACGGCGGGACGGAUGGGACAUGCUAAACUGUGCCCUUUUCGGGGUCUCCUCCAAGCGCCAGCCACGACGGACCCGCUGCCGCACUUCACCAGCUGGUCCGGCUUCAUACUGGCGACCGGCUCGAUUUUGUAUGCGUAUGAGGGGCAUGCUGUGGUGUUACCUC